UAGCUUCUCUGUGAACAGUUUUUUUUCCUUGUAAUUGUUCUUGGACCCAUCAUCUGUGGUUUAUUCAGUAUUCAUAUUAAGUUAAUACUAAUUAUAAAUCAAUAUUAAUUCUGAAAUCAGAGUUUUCCAGGUUAAUUACCUACUAAACGUGUGUCCAUUCUUUUUUCUCUUUUUUGUAGUGUCUAUAUGUUUACAUGUAUUACACUAAUUUUAAAUGAGUUUAUUUUUGUCCUGUUGAGGAUAAUUACAUACUAAACGAUGAAUGAACGUGUCCAUUAUGUCUGUAUGUUUACUUUAUGUCUAUAUGAACGUGUCUAUAUGCUUACAUGUAUUACACUAAUUUUAUAUGACUUUAUUUUUUGUCCUGUUUUAGUGAUUGUUUGAGAAUUGUGAUUUAUUACAUUUGUUACAUUAUUAAUGAGCAUAACUUUAUUUCUGAUUUAAUGUAUUUAAUGACUUACAGAACAGUUGUUUUAAAAACUUUCAAGCACAUUGAAUGCUUUUAGUAUUAGUUACACUCUCUAUGUUAAUGAGCGUGAGAAACUCUUUGUCUGUGAUGGCUCCUAUGGCCCAUUGCCUUUUUCGAUACAUCAGUCAAAGUCUCACCUAGGUGAUAACCCACUAGGUGUGAAGGACUUGUCUGGGAACAGCUGUUAAGUGUUGCCUGAUAAUUAAAUCAUCUGAUUGUUAAGUUUGGGCCAGGGUGGGUAGGGAUUAUAAACAACCAGUGUAUAAAGUUUUAUAGAGAUUAUUGUAAGGUUUUGUUUUAAACAGACAUGCUAACAUCUAACAUUUACUACUCUUUCUGUAUUACAGGUCACCAUGCACAAAAAAUCUGUGUUUUUCCCAGGGUGUAUUAAGGUCGUGUUCCGUAAGGGACCGCUCGGAUAUCUCCUUCAGGAGCCAGCAAGAGUAGUCUUUUGCCUGCAGUUUUGAUGAAAUUCAGUCUCUGCUCAGUUAUGUGUCCAAAAAUCCAGCUGCACCAGCAGCCUCGUCAGAGGGUGACCAGCUGGUUGGUUUCGGUGCUCAUGCAAAGAGUACGUGGCAGGAGAUUUGGAACAACAGGGCUGAUGGUUACGCAUCCUUUAUAUUGGGGGCAACUUGUGUCCCGGGGACACGGAUGUACAAGCUGCAGCAAUACCCGCGUAAUCAGGUGCAGUCUACCCGUCCGCACGUGGUUGCCUCAAGUGCAGCUUGUAAACCAACAAAAAUGGAUGAUGACAACGAGUUAGAGAGUGCGAUGCUGAACAUCUCCCCCUCCAAGCUACAGUUGCGGUGUAAGUAUUUCUUUCUGUACUGACUGCAUGUAAUGAAUUGAUUGUGUUCCAAAUGAAUUUUUAUUUUGUCAAACGUCUUAAAAAUAUGCUGUAUAUGUUAAUGUGUUGUGUGCUUAUCACUAGCUCCACGAUCACCGUCAUCAACAACAUCAUCCUCAUCCGCUGAACUGGGACGGUCUGCGGGACCAGGAAAAGGUUUUUACACAUCAGGCUCAGCACUGGAGCACAGUUCUGUUGAAUUGUGAUAUGAAAUGCUCUCCAAGUCUGAAUAAAAAGCCUUUCUUAUUGUGUCACUGUUUUGGCCAUGUUCUGGCCUUGUUCCACUAACAAAUGUCUGUGCCGUUAGUGAUAUACUAACUGUUCAAGGGGCUAUGAAUUGAUUCCCCCGACCACCAUGAAUUGAUAUUAACCACAAUCAGGUGCCAUCUGCUGCCCUCUCCAUAACACCUUCUGACACCAAGCAACUGACACCAGUCAAAGCCUUGACAGCUCAGAAAACGCCCGUGGCCCUUCCCAAAGAGCUGAUGUUUCUUGUCCCGGAACAAUCAGCUUCCACACAAUCUACGAGACCGGUUUCAACUGCAGCAGACAUCAGUGCCACAGACAGCUCUCCAGUGUGCAGGACACCUAUAAUUGAGGAAUGUGGCAAAGAUGAAAAUCUCUCAUCUUCAGAUAACACUUCAUAUAGUGUUCUACAUACAGCUGAGGCAUCACAUGACUCAUUAACCUCUGCCCUUGGCUCUUCAGUGUGCAGCCGUCCUCCUCUACACCUACAACUGUUUCUAGAGGCCCUCCUCCACAACCUCUUGACUACGAUUACGAUGUCUGUUACUGGAAGUGUUCGCAUCAGCAGAAGAUCUGGAUGAAGACAGAGCUGGAAUCCAUGGGUCUAUGGCCAGACUCACCCCCUGUGAGCAACCCCAUGAAGACAGUGUCUCUGUGGCGUUUGCCUCCUCAGCCAGAACUGAUCGACACCAUCUCUUAUUUACCAUCCCCCAAAUAUUUCCAACUUCCUCCAUUUUUUAUUUGGAAGCCUGAAAAUGACACCUUGAUGGCUAGACUAAGGAAUAGCUAUGCUCUGCCAUGCAUUGACGGGUGUAGGCAGACAAAGGUUACGUCUGCUGGAUUUGGUAGGCCUCAUGUGAUCGUGGGCCUCACAGGUCAGUACUACCUGUUCUCAUCACGAUUGUGUUGCAAAGUCUGCAUAAAACGAUGGUAUGCAGACAACCCACAGUGGCUGGAAAAGCUCCCCAAAAGCUUUACUAAUUUACUGCCUGCGGUUCUUACUUAUAAGAAGGCCAUCUGUAAGUCUCUGUUGGAUGAGCUACGGCGUACAGGUAAAUCGCCCACGGACAUGGCCAACCAGGUGAUGGAAAUGAUGCACCUUAAAUGCGAGCGUGCGAACUUGGCCUACCUUCUGGCUUGGCCGAGUGUCCUGGACUCUGAGGCAGGCAAGUACGGGCAGAAGAGCAUCACCGGUUUCACAAGAAAGGAAACUCAGCCUGCUCCCUUCGGUGAUUAUGAUGAUAUUGAUGGAUGGAAUGGCCUGUCUGUGUCUGCUCACUACCUUACUGACUGCCUCCUCCAUGAGUACCAGCGCCAGAAGGAAGCCAUUACAAAGCUUUUACUGGGAACCUUUGGGCAAGCAUUCCGCUCAGACCACACCCGAAAGGUGGCCAGGAAAGUCACAUUUACGUCUGGCACUAUGUCAUCAUAUGCCAUCAUGAACGAACACUGGAUGGUCGUAUCAUGGGUGAUGGUGCAGUCUGAGAAGGAAAAGUCAUUAGAACCCAUGUACCAGGGGCUGGCUAAUCGGUACAGGAUGGCAGGAGUAGAGAAGGCACAGUACCAGUGGAUAGACAGGGACUGCUGUGCAGCAUACAGAGUGCCAGACCCUGAAAAAUCAGAACACCUGAACUGGGAUGCUUGGCAGACAGUGGAUACCGUUAUUCUGGAGGCAACAUCUGGUGUUCUCCAAAACACAUGUGUGUCAAGGUCCCAAUUCGACAAGAACAUAGUGAUCAAACUUGAUCUAUUUCACUGUCUGAGGCGCUUACUUCGCGAAUGUGUAUCAGAGCAUCACGCCCUGUACAGCUCCAAGUUCUUGUCUGCCGCUUUCUGUGUAGUAGAUCUGGAGGACAUGCAGAAGCUAAAGAAUGCCUAUGCAUUUUGUGGGAUUCAGCCUGCCAACCCCACCAAGCAACACAUUCGGGAACACUGCAGAACAAAGAUCCCUCAGCUGGACGAACUUCACAAGAGGGUGGAAGGUGUCAUGAAGCUCUUCUAUUUGGCGUCCGAUCCAAAUGGUGUUCCCCUGUACAAACCCUCUAUGCUGAAGACAUGGCGCAUUCAACGUGUUGACAUCCUGAGAGGCUGUAUCAGUGAUCCUGAUGUGUCUGGUGAGAUCCUGUACAGACAUGGUGGAACAAUUCAACUAAAUCACGUACAGGGUGAGGGGGCUAAAGUUGAUGUGUGGAUUCCAAUAAGAGGAACUUCUCAGCAGGAGGGCUACCACUUUCACCAGGCUCAUUGGGUCACUGGCACACGUGUUUCCUCUGAAUUGUUUCAAGCCCAGAGCAUGAUCGGAGUGGCACGCUGGAACUUUCAGCGUCUGGUGGAUCUGAAAAUACCAGGUGUUUGGCUUCCGGGAGUCUUUGAUCCGUCGCUAAUUGGCGAUCUUAAUACAGCUUCAACAAGGGUGUUAGGAACGGCAAAAUAUCCUGUCCUUCAGGUGUGCUCCAAAGACACUGGAGAGAGGUUUUGGCUGGAGUAUGUGGAACCUGGAUGUCGCCCUAUUUUGCUGGACUGGGAAAAAAAGCACAAGAGCAAGACCACUCAAGCUUUCAGUCCAGCUGAUCAAGGAAGCACGCCCACUGCCCAGUCUGCAGACCAUCCUGUUGAGCUUGAUGUGACUUCAAGUCCUCAGCUAGUGUCAGAAUUUGCUCCCUUGCAUUCUUCACUGGAUAGUGCCCAUUUGGAACUACAGUCAGAACCAGAAUGCACCGGGACGCUGCCUUUGCCAUCACUGUCCUCAUCUCAUGGUGCCCAUGCAGAACCUGGGUCAAAGCCAGAAACCACAUACACACCACCCCUGCCCAUGCUGGCCUCACCUUCUAGUACCCGCACUGGACCGGUGAAGACUGGUGGAAGGGUGUUCGUGCUGGAUCACAAACAUUGGACAGCGCCAAUGAAGGAGGCCAUUGACCGCUUGUUGAAUAAGCAACAUGGGAAGAAGGACAUGCUAAAGCUUGUGGAUCAGGAGUGUGCAGCAAUGGUCCACAGCUCCUGUACUGACCCCAACAGCAUGCUUCAUCCAACCACAAGACUGCACAUAUCACAGUAUGUCAAGCACUUGGCCAAACUGCUGAACACCACUACUGCAUUAAACACAAGUCCAGAAAAACUGCAGGAACGACAGCAACUCUGGCACUCGUUGACAGAGGGAAGUGGAACUACCAGUGUGCCAGUGGUAACUCUGCACCCUGCAAAGAUGUGUCUUGCCUGUGGACAGCCAAAGUCUCGCUAUGAGAAUGAUGGCUCCUCUGUCCACUUUUUUUUAUCAACAAGGCCCUGUCAGAUAUUUCUACUGCUCUACAAAGGUCUUCAAAGCUUACAGUGGUGAAGGACUAACAAACCCCAGAAUGCCAUUUCAAGACUUUAUGGAAACCGAGUUCUUUCAGAGAGAACUUGCGUCCACAAAGAAACAGGUGGAGGAGAAAAGAACGCAAAAGCGCAAGAGGCCUGAAGUACACUGUGUUGGACGCCUGUGUAGUUUUUGUAAGAUGGAACAAAAGCAGGGCCCAAACAGUCCACACCUACAUACAGACUUCCCUGGUAUUCCUGGGAAAUAUAUAUACUCUCCUUCAAAAGUCUUUUCCAUUUACCAGCACCAGGGGAUGGAAAAAGAAAUGACCUGGAAGGAGUUUAAGAAGUCUGCAUUUUAUGAUAUGGAAAAACAGAGAUGGGUGGCAGAAAAAAGAAAAUAAAAAUAAAUGUUGUAAAUUUCCUUUCACCUGCAGUAAACUUUUGUAAAUAUAUUUUCUCUUUAUUUAAUGUUGCAUUAAUAUGUAUAUAUGCAGUCUUAUGUGUAUUUUUCUAUAGUGUUUUACUCCUUUAAAGUGUUUAGAAUGCCAA